AUGUACAGAGUUCGGGAGGGGGACAUUCCGUUCCUCCUCCGCCACCCCAAACCGAACUCGGUGGUGGUGGAAUCUUCUCAAGGCCGGGAGGCGUGGGGCCACACAGCGCCCCGCGACAAAGAGGGAAGGAAGAUGGACUCCCUCGCGCGCCGGGUCUGUGCGGCUUCAGGACUCGGCCUAAGAAUCUCUAAUGAGGUGACCCUGGCGCGUUAUCAAUACUUUAUAAUGCAGCGCCUGGACAACAUCAUCGCUGCCCUCCCAGAUAAUCAAGGCGACCUGGCGCGGGUAUUCGUAAAGGAGGCAAUGCAGGUCACGGUGCAACAGCUAUCCACAGCUAGACAUCAUGGGGACACGGACUCGAGGGCUCUCGUCAGCGCCAUCUCUCUCCGGAGACAUGCCUGGUUGCGUAACUGCAACUUUCUGGAAGAGAUGAAGAGGAGGAUCGAGGAGGUGCCCUUUGAUGGGCCCGGCCUCUUCAAUGCAAAGACUGACCACAAGUUGAAGAAGAUCCACGAGUCGAGGAUGACAGCCCGGCGUAUGGAGAUGCAACCUCUUCCUCGACCUGUUCUUCAACAGAAUGUUCCGGCCACAGACGAAGUCACCUACGACGCGAAUUCGACUCCCGUCCUCUGUCCUACAGUCUCUAUUGUGGUGGACGAUAUCAGACAACCUAAACAUCGGAGUCCCGUUCUGACCUCGGUGCCCUACAGUGACUCUCGCUCCAGACUGGAGAUUCUCGAGAUGGCUGCCAGCAAGGAGGUGACCGAACAGGCUGGCAUUAAUCCGCCUUCGUCGCCCUCUGAGAAAGUGACGCGCCCCGAGUCCAGCAUGGGAGACUCUCUGGCGGAUACCGCAGGCCGAGUCGUGGACGCGUGCUGCAAAGAUGCGCAGGCGGAGCUUGUGGGAAGGGUCGCUGUGCUCUGUGUCACCGCCAGCCCCGGCGGGGCUAGCCAGAACGGCCAAGAAGCUGCUGAAGAGGACAAGGCCACGUUCCCUAAAUGUCCCGAGAGCCAAAGGAACGGGGUCGAUUCGGAUUCAGGGACCGCCGAAGAGGCGGAUGGAGCCCGCGAGCUGCGAUCACCAAAGAGGGUCCCAACAAGACCCAUCCUCUCUGGCAGGAAGUUUUCCCUGCAGGAGAAGCCGGCAGGAAACUACUUGACUUGUGCCGACCCCUCGGGCUUUGGUCCGUACGCCACGGGGCCCUCCACGCACAUCUCGCCCCGCAUCGUGAGGAGGCCGACGAUCGAGUCCCAUCGCGUCUCUAUCUCAGACGCUGUGGAUUGUGUGCAGUUGAACCAAUACAAGUUGAAAAACGAAAUUGGAAAGGGCUCCUACGGUGUCGUGAAGCUGGCCUACAACGAAAACGACGACCAGUACUAUGCAAUGAAAGUCCUCUCCAAAAAGAAGCUAUUGAAGCAAUAUGGAUUUCCACGGCGGCCUCCCCCGCGAGGGUCCAAAGCCGCUGCUGGGGGGCAGCCAAAGCCCAUGGCACCUCUGGACCGGAUCUAUCAGGAAAUAGCCAUCUUAAAGAAACUGGACCACAUCAACGUGGUCAAGCUGAUUGAGGUACUGGACGACCCCGCAGAAGACCACCUGUACAUGGUGUUUGACCUCCUCCGGAAGGGGCCAGUCAUGGAAGUGCCGUGCGACACGCCUUUCACCGAAGAGCAGGCCCGGCUCUACUUCAGGGACAUCGUCCUGGGCAUCGAGUACCUGCACUACCAGAAGAUCAUCCACCGCGACAUCAAGCCCUCCAACCUGCUGCUGGGGGAUGAUGGGCAUGUGAAGAUCGCGGACUUUGGCGUGAGCAACCAGUUUGUGGGCAGCGACGCACAGCUGUGCAGCACCGCCGGGACGCCGGCCUUCAUGGCCCCCGAGGCGCUCUCGGAGUCCGGGAAGAGCUUCAGCGGGAAGGCGCUGGAUGUCUGGGCCAUGGGAGUAACGCUCUUUUGCUUUGUAUAUGGGAAGUGUCCUUUCAUUGAUGAAUUCAUCCUGGCUCUUCACAACAAGAUCAAGACCAAGCCAGUGGAGUUCCCGGAAGAACCCUGGAUCAGCGAGGAACUCAAGGAUCUGAUACUGAAAAUGCUGCAAAAAGUCCCUGAAAACAGGAUCGCUGUACCUGAAAUCAAGCUGCACCCUUGGGUGACCAAGUCUGGGGAGGACCCGCUUCCCUUGGAAGAAAAGCACUGCUCCAUCGUGGAAGUCACCGAGGAGGAAGUGAAGAACUCCGUCAAGACCAUCCCCAGUCUGCCUACUGUGAUUUUGGUGAAAGCCAUGCUGCGGAAACGAUCCUUUGGCAACCCUUUCGAGGCGCAGGCCAGGAGAGAGGAACGGUCCAUGUCAGCUCCAGGAGAUUUAUUAAUAAAGCAAGGGAGCCGCGAAGGGUUCAAGGACCCAGAGCUGCCUGACGUGAGCGAAGAUGAGACGACUUCCUGAACCCCUCAGCACGUUCCAGACCAAUCGUUCCAACACUCCGCUGUAGCUGUCGUACUCGCUGAUGUGGUCUUGCACGCUCUGAUGUCUUCAUCCACCAAAGUUUGUGAAAAAUAGAGGAACUUACCUGCAUACAUCCAUUUCCAAGAGAUACAGCAGCAAAGCCAGGCUGGUGGAGCAAGAAAGGGGACUGGAGUAUUCGAAAGAGUACUGGAGCCGGGUUGCCUGCAUUCGUUCCUGCGCGAAGGCAUUUUUGUGUUGCAUCCUUGAAAGGCACCUCAUCUUCCAGGGGUGUUUCAUGCCCUGGCAGGUGGCUGACCAUGGUGAAUCGGCAGACAGAUGAGCACCUGCUUUGUAAAUUCAGCCAAACAUCUUCGGCCAGCCACUGUUUGGUUCGAACGGACAGGGUACUUUUGACGUUUCUUUUCAGACACACGUGAUUGUGUGUCAGGUUGUCUCCCCUAAACUGGAUUUUGUCGAUCGCAGGAAGGUACCUUGGUGUGGUUGCCAUGGACUUCUGCCAAAACAGGCCAAGUCUCCAGUCUCUGUGAUAAGGAUGUGACCCACAAUGUUUUAACAGCGCCUCCCCCAAUCUGGCACCCCACAGGUGUGGGGGCACCACCGUGGCCGCGGAGGUACAUCUGGUUGCUGUCCGACACACCUGGAGGUUGGGGAAAGCGGUCUCCAAGCCGGUACACUGAGGUUUCCAAAAUUCUCCUUUUCCAAAUUUGCCACCCCAUAUUUAUCCUUUCUCUUCUGUUCUUCCCCUCCCGGUUCCCACUUUUGCUGAAUAGACACGCAUGCGCCACUGGCACUGUUCUCGCAUGCCGUUCCCUGCGCUGAGGCCGAAGCAGGGCGUGUGUCGUCAUGUUCGAGCCGGCACGUUCAGGCUGGUCUGAACUGGGCUGGCAAAUGGGCGUCAUGCGCAGCUGCUUGGGCUCGCCCCACAAUCCAGGGGAUUGGAUGGCACAACCAGGGAGGAACUGGCAAGAGGGGAGUACACCAAAGGGGGUAAUCCAGAGAGAGGUUUGCACCCCGAAUCAUCCCAGGUGGACCCACCCCAAGGGGUGUGGCAGAAAGCCAAGCUGUCGCGUGUAGCAGCCGUGGAGUGCCAAAGGGGUGGCUAUUCUUGGUGUAAGACACCUAAGAAGGGUGGACAAUCCCUUUUUGGGGGCAUGGGGUGAGAGAAACCCCUUCAGAAGGGGAGCCCAGGGGUGCCUCUAUUCACCGCAAAUUCUUCCGGAUCCUGCUUGAAUGCGGUUUCCCAGCAGCAAGCCCGACCUGGCAUUCGUGUGCCUUGAACCGGCACACAUGCCAAAGCUACCCCGAGCACAUUGCUGCGGAGUGAAUGCGGCAGAGCAUCCAGAGCAAAUGCUUGGCUGUGCAUCAGGACGGCCAACAGGAGCUUGUCUGUGGAGCAAAAGGUGAAACGGCUACUCUGGAUGGGCAUAACCUUAAUCUGCCUACCUGUCCCUCAGCUGGAACCUAACGUCACAUCUACCCUUUUUUGUGGGUGCCAGAGCCUCCAAAAAUACCUAUCAGGAGUCCGAUUUUUACCACAGAUGCAACAGAAGGACCAGUGGUUUAGCCUUUCGUUCAUUUUUCCAAACCCAGGUUCUGUGCAUCUGAACCUUGGGAAUUUUUUAAUGUGCACCUGAAUAUUCACAAGCCUUCUAGUACACAUUUCUGGGAUGUGUGCAUGUUUACUAGUAAGCAUUUUUGCCUAAUGUACACAUUUUUG